AUGGCUUCUUCUCUGCAAACCCACCGCCACCAUUACCAUCAUCUCUACCGCCCUACAACCUCCAAACCCAACACCCAUCAACCUUCGAUAUUCUAUCGGCGUUUCCUGACCGUUGGGAAACAGAGCACUUUUACUCGUAGAGAAAACGGCAGGGGUAGUAGAGAUGGGACAACUGUUACUGACUCGUUUUGCUGCUUGUGCAAAGCUGGCUUGGAGAUUGAUAAGGUCUCCGCUGAUGAUGAAGGAAGUGAACGGCCUCCUUUUGAUAUCAACUUGGCCGUCAUUCUCGCCGGUUUCGCUUUCGAGGCCUAUUCUAGUCCACCUGGAACAAGUGAUCCAUAUGUGAUCAUGCAAUUAGAUGGUCAAGUUGUCAAAAGCACGGUUAAAUGGGGGACAAAAGAGCCAACAUGGAACGAGGACUUCCAUUUUAAUAUCAAGCAGCCUCCAACCAAAAGUCUCCAGGUUGCGGCUUGGGAUGCAAACCUUGUAACUCCACAUAAGCGCAUGGGGAAUGCAGGCGUCAAUCUAGAAUGCCUUUGUGAUGGGAAUCUGCAUGAACUACUGGUGGAAUUGGAAGGAAUGGGAGGUGGUGGAAAAUUACUUGUAGAGGUCAGGUAUGAAACAUUUGAGGAAAUUGAUGAGGGGAAAAAGUGGUGGAUGAAGGUCCCUAUUGUUUCUGAAUUUCUUCGUAAUAAGGGUUUUGAGCCUGCUCUGAAAAAGUUUGUUGGCUCUGACACUGUGCAAGCACGUCAGUUUGCGGAAUAUGCUUUUGGGCAGUUAAAGUCAUUCAAUACUAAUGCUUACAUUUGGAAGAAUCUGUUAUCAGGUAGUGAAGAAAGUGAUAAAAAAGGCCAUGGGAAAUCUAAUAUUUCUGCUGGUGUGUCAGGUGUGCCUUCCCAGAUGGAGGGUAUCACAGAGGGUUCUUUAGAUAUUGCAGACUGCAAUGAAGUGAGCAACUUAGAGGAGUCUAACAUAGAUAAUGGUGGUGUGAAGAAUGGAAAUGACCCUCAACAAGUGAAAAAGCUUGAUGAUGAAAUGCAAUCAGAUAAGAACUUCUGGAAGAACUUUGCUAAUGAGAUUAAUCAAAAUGUUGUAGAGAAAUUUGGAUUCCCAAUUCCAGAAAAAUUAAAGUGGGAUGGAUUUGAUUUGUUAGACAGUGUUGGUUUGCAGUCACAAAAGAUAGCAGAAGCAACUUAUGUUGAAUCGGGGCUUGCAACUCCUGAAGCGUCAGAUGUUGAUAAUGAUAUAACAACAGGCCCACUUCCCAUUAGCAUUAUGCAGUCUUCAUUUCCAGAUAUAAAGGAAGCAACAAGGGAUUUAUUAAAGCAAACUGAUUCUGUUUUAGGAAUAUUAAUGGUUUUAACGACAACAGUAUCUCAAGCAAAGAAGGAAGAAAAUGUUGUAGGAGGGAGUGCAAGUAAGGAAGAGGAUUCCAUAACUGAGAAGCUUGUGAACUCACAGGGAGCUGAGGAGAUGAAAGCACUGUUUUCAACUGCAGAAACUGCCAUGGAGGCUUGGGCGAUGCUUGCUACUUCUUUAGGACAUCCUAGUUUUAUAAAGUCUGAAUUUGAGAAACUUUGUUUCUUGGAUAAUGAGACGACAGACACACAGGUUGCAAUUUGGCGUGAUUCUGCACGGAAAAGAUUAGUAGUCGCUUUCAGGGGAACAGAACAGGCAAGGUGGAAGGACUUGCGAACAGAUUUGAUGCUAGCUCCUACUGGGUUGAAUCCAGAAAGGAUAGGAGGAGACUUUAAGCAAGAAGUUCAAGUUCAUAGUGGCUUCUUAAGUGCAUAUGAUUCUGUCAGAAUACGGAUCAUCUCUCUCAUUAAAUUGGCUAUCGGUUAUAUAGAUGAUCUUGCUGAGCCGCUGCACAGAUGGCAUGUUUAUGUAACUGGUCAUAGUCUAGGGGGUGCAUUAGCUACUCUCCUAGCUCUUGAACUUGCAUCAAGUCAAUUAGCAAAGCGUGGAGUGAUCACAAUCAGCAUGUAUAACUUUGGAUCUCCUAGGGUUGGUAACAAAAGAUUUGCUGACAUUUAUAAUGAGAAAGUUAAAGAUAGUUGGAGAGUUGUAAAUCACAGAGACAUUAUACCAACUGUGCCCCGGUUGAUGGGUUACUGCCAUGUAGCUCAACCUGUUUAUCUAGCAACAGGAGACAUAACGAAUGCGUUGGUGAGUAUUUAUUUGGCCAAGUAUCUUUACAAAUUCAGCGAAAAUAUGGAGCUUUCUGGAGAUGGUUACCAAGCUGAUAUGAUUGGGGAGUCCACACCUGAUGUUCUCGUCAGUGAAUUUAUGAAGGGUGAAAAGGAACUUAUACAGAAAAUUUUACAGACUGAGAUAAAUAUAUUCCGUUCAAUCAGAGAUGGAACUGCACUUAUGCAACAUAUGGAAGAUUUUUACUACAUCACGUUACUAGAGAAUGUGAGAUCAAAUUACCAACCUGUUGUCAAGUCGUUGUCUGACGAACAAGGCAACAAAACAAACAGCUGAGAAUGGCAUUUAUACAUGUACAGGCACAGAAGUUAAUUAGCAGUUCUUUCAAGGAUUGUGCCAGCAACACAUCACCAUGGCACCAUUUGUAAGGUGCCAUAUAUUUUCCCAAAUUGUACAUUUGUAACUAGUUUGUAAUAGUUUUCAUUAGAUAUUAGUUCAUGUUCAUAUAAAAUUUGGUAAUCACGUCCGCAAUAGUUUAUCCCUUUACUAAUCAUC